AAGACGUAUGGAGUGGAUCCAAAUUAUUAUUAUACUGCGCCAGGAAUGUCGUUCGACUGCAUGCUCAAAUAUACAGAGGUUGAGCUGGAACUUUUGUCGGAUUAUGAUAAAAUUAUGAUGUUCGAACAAGGCUAAUAAUAUUAUGAUUCCUGAAUACGACCCAACAAAACCUGAUUCAUGGAUAGUAUACUUGGACGCAACUAAUCUUUAUGGUUGGGCAAUGAGUCAGUAUAUGCCCAAGGAUGGAUUUAAUUGGUAUAAAGAAGACCUGAGCGUUGAGAACAUUUUGAAUUUGUUAGACGGGAUGGAUGAAACGUCAGAGGUGGGUUGGGCUUUGGAAGUUGACGUCUCCUAUCCCGACUCAUUGCAUGAUGACCAUAAUGAUUUACCAUACCUUCCAGAGAGAAUAACACCACCUGGUUCUAAAAUAAAAAAACUUGUUGCUAAUUUACAUUCUAAACAUAAAUACAUCGUUCAUUACAUGGCAUUGAAGCAAGCCCUGAAAGCGGGGUUAAUAUUGGAUAAGAUGCCCAAUGAUAAUUCUUCUCCGAUUUUUUCCCCAAACAUGGAACUCUCACCUGUACCAGAUUAUGCGUAUGAGGUACAGCACGAUCAUCAACAGGGUGAAAUGAUUAAUAUGUUUAAUUUUGAGACUCAAUCCGGGGAUAGCGGUUAUAACACGCAACGAUAUGGGAUUUUCUCCCCGUUGUCUCAUAUGGAAAUAGAACCGCAAUACGUCAUCGGACUACAUGAUGAUGAUGAGCCGUUGCCAGUUAUUCUAUCACCUGAUUUGGUAGAGUUUUUUUUACAACCUGGUGGCGAACAUAGCUCGAAACCAUAACAGAAUAUUUUGCAACAAUAUUUUCUGUCGCCGGAUAUGUUUGGGCCGUCUCAACAAUAUAACAUUUCAAUCACGGCUCCGGGACAGAAUAGCGAGUCAGAAGGGGAAAUUUCCGAAAGUAUAUUGGCCCCCCAGCGUAACCGUAGGAAAUUACGUCCUAAAGAAUCAGACGAAGAAACCUGGAUUAAUGACGGUUACGAUGAAGCGUUGUUUAAUUUAAUGAUAAAAAAUAAUAUUUAAAAACAUAAGUAAAUAAAAAAAAAAUAUUUUGUACACUUA